GUCGGUAUAACCAACAUACGCCAAGAAAAGCAUACGUUUCCGUUCCCAGUAUAUAUAUCUCCACCGAUCAAGAACUUCAUCUUCACACCACCAAAAAUGGCUUCCUCAUCAACGAGAAAGUACGAGACACGAAAGCGAGAUCCAAACUCUAAAAUCGCAGCUCUUCUCGUUAUCGACAUGCAGAAUCACUUCUCCUCCAUGGCCAAACCCAUCCUCAACAACGUUCUCACCACCAUCGACAUCUGCCGACGCGCCUCAGUCCCCGUAUUCUUUACGCGUCACAACCACAAAUCCCCGACCGACCACGGCAUGCUCGGCGAGUGGUGUAACGGCGAUGUAAUCCUUGACGGAACCACCGAUUCUGAAAUCAUCCAGGAGAUACAAGGCCAAGUAACCGGACCAGACGAGAUGGUGGAGAAGAACACGUACAGUGCGUUUAACAAAACCCGCCUCCAGGAAAACCUGGAAAAGAUCGGAGUAAAGGAGGUGAUCGUGAUCGGAGUGAUGACGAACUUGUGCUGUGAGACAACGGCGCGUGAAGCGUUUAUUAAGGGUUUUAGGGUUUUUUUCUCGACGGACGCGACUGCGACGUUUAAUGAGGAGCUUCACGAGGCUACGCUAAUGAAUCUCGCUUUUGGCUUCGCUUAUCUCGUCGAUUGCGAUAAACUCCGGCGAAGUCUACUCGGUAACUAAAAAAUGAUAAUUACACGCACAACCGUCGCGGAAAAGCUAUCCGACGUUACAUGUUAUUUGGAGAAGCAAAGUUGGAGUCUCUAUGCUUACCAUAUUGAGCUUUUUUUCUUAAGUAUUUUGUCUAAUAUCUUUCAUGUGAUUCCCUUCUCUUAGGCGUUGCUUCGCUCUUUUGGCUAUUUUGUUUUUCUGCAGGCGUUCAUAAUCUCAACAUGUAUCCUUUCAUAGUCUUUUUUUAAUAAAAGUCAGUUGACGAAGAAAAUAAAAGUAACAAUAGUACCCCUUGUAUAUAGUAAGUGAUUAUUAGCAGUACUUGCAUACAUAAAACUGACCACUACUUCCAAUAUUUAAAAAAUUGUUAGGCGCGCGGUAAGUAGAUGGUCAAUAAAGUAUUGUGAUGAUGUUAUGUUGAAAAUUUUGCAUGUUAUGUUAUGAAGUUGAUGUUAUGUUGAAGUAAGUGAUA